AUGUCUUCAUCAGACGAGGCUAUAAUUACUGCGGACGAGGCUCCUCCGGCCACGCCGAGUCCUAAUAUUCCGGACGACGAUACGCACGAUGAUGUGAAGAGGUCUUCUGAAACUACCAGAGCUGUAGAUCAUGGUGGAGAAAUCGCUGUCGCUGCAAAACCAGAUGUUGUGGCCGAUGAAAUCGUCGUCGAUGAAGAUAUCAAUGUCCUCGUUGACGAGCGUCUGUGCGCCAGCACACACGAUCCGACGACCGGCGCCGUACUCUACUCUGCUGACGGCCGAUUGUCGUCGGAAGGAGAUCUGCAGCCGCCUGGUCCGGACGACGAGGAAAAUUAAGGUCCUCUCCCCUACCACGAACCCAUCUUCGGAAGCAAAUCUUCGGAAGCAUCUCGAAGCUGUCCCAUAAGAGGAAAUUAGAUCCGAGAUGGCUCUCAAGAUGGGUGAUUUUUACGGGGAGCUCUUGCUCUAAGAAGACCAAGACACGCCGACGAUGAAGAGAGACGGGGAGCAAGAAGAUGAAGCUGGAUGUACUUCUGUCAAGAAUGGUAGUGCUUCCUUGAUGUGUGCUUCAUCGUCAAAGAAUAUGGGACCGCGUCGUGCGCCCGGUGGAGGAGUGCAUUCCCCCGCAGAGGGGGUAUACAAUGGACUUUACACCAGGGACGCGCAGGGUAACCGCUCAGACCCUUUGCUUGAAGAGCCGAGUAGUCCACGAAAACUCGCACAGAAAAUAGCAUCUGAAGCCGAAGGACAAGGAUCAUUUUCAAGCUCGGGAAAGGACACGGAAGAGGUGACCGGAGGUAUCUCGAGUGGCGUUCCGAUCGAUACACCUCGCGGAGAGCAGGAUGAUUUCUUUCUCGAUGGAGCCGAGGUAGAGGACGGUAAAGCUGGUCGUAAAGAACCCGAUACUGUAGUUGAAAAAGCUCAAGCUCAGCAAGGGCCACGACCGGCUGCAAGUAUUGAUAUUGUUGAGGAUUCAACAUCCCCAGUAGUUUCAUUAAGAACUUCAACGACAGAGGUUCAUACGAAAAACUCACAGCCUCAGCAAGUAGAACAAGCACUGGAGAGAGUCAACGAAGGACCACAGCAAUUCUCACCUGCACCGCAAGAACAGGAGCAGGACGAGGCACCACACGACACAUCAUCCACUGGUACUGCAAGGCCAAGUGCUGUACCAAAAGCAGACGACUUAGAAGACGAAGACGAUUUAGAGACUAGAAAGCGAGAAUUUGCUAUGAUUUAUGGCUAGGAAACCUGGAUCCCUCGCCUUCUUAUCUGUCGUCGAUCUCGUGGUGCCCCUUUAUUUUGACUCCACCUAGGGAAACCGUCCUUUGUUUAGCUCUACGACAGAUCAAGAAACGACAGAUGAUCCAGUGCUUUUCAUCAUUCAUAUGACGUCACCGAGCCGUUUGCAGCAAGCCAUGAGCCCACACCUUCAACAAGGGAAUAUUUCGGCGUCCGAGCUUGCUGCUAGGCUCCUGGAACUGCGAAAUCACCACCGUGCAGGUCCUAGGAAUAGCGAAGGCGAGAAGGUGGAAUUUGAGAACAAAGAGAAAGAGCAGACGCUAGUACAAGUUGGAAAUGGAGGUACUGGCACUUCUGGAUCUGGAGGUGUAGUAAGUCGUGUUGAGCAGAUGGUACGACGAAGCGUCUCGCCUAAGCGUCGAGGUGUUGCAAGUAGUAACCGUAGAAGCACAAUAAAAGCAGAAGGCGGGGCACUACCACUUCUAGAGCCCUUCUCUUCAGACCAGGGACCACAGGCGGGUGCCGCAGCUGGCGCUGAUCGUGACGAGGUCCUCUCAUCUAGUAAGUCGACUUCUCAAAUAAAUACGGCUUCGACGUCUGCAGAGGCUUUCGACAAGUCCGCAGGAACAUCAUCGAACAGGAGUAGUCGGACGAGUCCUUCGGGGGGAGGGGGCAAACGUGCCCCACUGCUCGAACAUUCAGCGGAUGGUUCAAGAACAGUCGCGAAUGGGCGCCAACGCUUGACAAAGGAGCCAGAUAGAGGUGAGCGGCUUCUUCAGUCACCAGACCGAGUAGAUUUAGAUAGAAAAUUAAUAUCUUCUAAUGGAGUUGUAGUUAGUGGUCGUGCAGCUAGUGCAACUACUACUACAAGGACGAUUACAGCACAGGCUCGGGCUGCUGGUUCCGGUGUUUUAUCAGCAGGAACUGCAACAUCAACAGAGCUUGCUCCUCCAGACUACGCAAAUUUUAGGAUGUCUGGUCGUAGAAAUACUAUAUCGUCGUCUAGUUCCGACGAUGAUGACGACGAGGACGAUCCUCCACCACUCACGUCAAAAGAGUUCCACGAUUUGGUGGACCAAAAUUUAGCUCUAGUGGACUGGGAUCGCGAAGACGGGAUGGGCGUGAAAACUGCUAUUUUUAAGGGCUCCGACCAAAUUAUUGGCUUCUUCUUUCACUACCAUUCUUGACGUUUUUCUUUUUCCUCAUGGGAAAAAAGUCAAGGAUGAUCUGAAGAAUCCAAAAAUACCGCAUGAACCUCUAAUAUUUACACGUUAACGGGAUCUAUUGUCGGUGCAGGUGCUGUCAGUUGCCCAUUCGCCUUUCAGUUCAUGGGCUUCUUUGGCGGUCUCGCGCUCCUCGCUUUUCUUGGCUUCCUUUCUGGGUACUACUUUUAGCUUCAUUGGUAGAUCAUUAUGAAUCUGGAUGUUGAAGAAUGAAGAUGUGCUUGUGACUCAUCAUACUUCUCAUGUACGCGCUCGUUCUCCCACGCUCUUGGGAGCUACUGGAUACUUUUCUAGCACAGCCACAACUACUACGACAAUCUCUCUCGUCUCUGAAGAUUGUUUUAGCACAGGAGCCACUUCGACAAUCUCAAUCUCUGGGGAAGAUGAGACUUUAUUGACACCAGGUACAGCGGUUAUCUUCUCGGUAUGGCUGCUCGAAAGACGGGUUUGCAUUCCUACGAAGAAAUCGCAGUUACCACGAUGGGGGCGAAAAGCGGUAAAGCGUUGGCGUUGUGCUCUGUUAUAUUAAGGCUUAACGCAAUUCAUCAUCUACUGAAGAAGCACGUUUCUCUUUGAUCCUUCUUCUUUUAAGUGGACGAAAAUGCGCGAGAGUAACAUGCUUUUUAUCAAGUAGAUCUAGAUGAAGAACAUAGUGAUCUUCGUCGAGAACUUGACUCUAAUUUUAGGAGUGACCUUUUCCGCUGCCAUCGCGUACGGAAACCUGUGGGCCGACACCAUGCUGCCCAUUUUGGAAACCGUUUUCGGACUGAAUCCUGAGGAGACGAUGCGCGGGACCGAAACUUGUGACGUCCUCACGGUCCGAACACUGUGGAUCACGAUCUGCGUCGUCGUCAUCGCCCCUCUGUGCGUGAAGCGGCAGAUGGCAGGUGUUGCACUCGCGAGUCUCUUCUCGAUCGGCGCCAUGUUAAGACUUGAUGCAAUUAAUUUCUAAUGCUCAUACAUGCUCUUCUGAUUUCCUCGUUUCCUGGUAUUCAGAAGAGCAUGUAUGUGUAUGAGCAUUAGAAAUUCUUGUUUGGAGGUAUUCUGAAGACAUCAAUGAAGGUAAGUACUCGAAAACUUAUAAAAUAAGCGAGUAAUUUAGAAAAUAAGAACUCGAGCAUAGUCAGCUAUGAUUCGAACUCGAGCGUAGGGGCUUGCAGCGUCUUUUUUGCGCCUCGUGUGCCAGGGUGACACCCUGAGGCGAGGCCUUGCUUCCCUUCAUUUCUAAUGCUCAUACAUGCUCUUCUGAUUCCCUCUUGCUCUUGUAGUUUGGUAUUCUGAAGACAUCAAUGAAGGUAGCAAGAAAUACUUAUAAUAUAUUGUUUGAAGCUCUAACUUCGGUUCUGCUCAUGCUCGUAAUCUGUCUGUAUGCUCUCGAGCGCAUCCUGCAAACGGAAACGGAGUGGCGGGAGGUGAAUGAUAAAGUAGAAUGGCUAGGUCCAAAUCCAUUCACAGACGAGCGGAAUCAUCCGUGUCAUCGAAUUUUUGCGAAGCGAUCAACCGCCGCUUGGGACAAAACUAGCACCUUUCUCAAUCUCCCAGGAUUGCUAAUGGGCCUGCCAUACUUCUGCUCCGCGUUUCUCUGCCAUUUCAAUUAAGAUACAUUAUGUUCUUGCUUAUCUUCCUCCUCUUGAUUUCUUUCAUCUUUUCGUUAGAUUGCGUCGGAACUUCCUUGUUGUCUAACACUUCGGUAGUUAUGCGAUUACGUUACCUGUACCUUCUAAUUCUUUGUGUUUUCUGUGUUCGCAGAGAUGCGGAAACCUACCAAGCGUCGUUUGAAGAAGGUGCUGCGACGAACGAUGAUGAUCAGUGGCAGUCUUUAUGCGACAAUAGCGGUUUGCGGCUUUUACUUCGGACUUAGCUAUGAGGUCUAUUCUUUCAACGCACACAAGGAAGAAGCAGUGUGCCAGCAGGGGGUGCAGGGGAAUAUCCUCCAGAAUUUUCCAGCGGCAGCCUUUUUUUUACGACUUGUUCUCCUAAAUCUAAUACAUAUUUUAUUCGGAAUUGGAACCAUCCUCAACACAGAGAAGUGUUUUCAAGGGGAAAACAAGGCACCCAGGAUGCACUAUCUUAACCGUAGAAGAUGGAAGAUCAUUAGUAUUAAUAGUUAGUGAAGAGCGAGCUCUAACUUUCCCCAAUGUCGGGAGGUUCUGUCUUUUUGCCGCGCUCUUUUUCACGUAUCCGCUUCUAGUGCAUCCGUGUCGAGCAUCGCUACAUCGGUCCAUUUUCGGCGACGGCCAUCGAGCGACGACCCCGCAGCACGUCGCGGAAACACUGGUGAUCAUGUUUCUAGCAUUGCUCACCGCGGUCCUGGUGCCACAAGUGCAGGUCAUUCUGGGAUACGCGGGCUCGACUUUCGGCAUUCUCUUAGCCUACGUCUUCCCAGCCUACUUCGUCUUGCGUCUUUCCGUACCAGGGGAUACGUUUGCACGGGGCAAACUGAUACCCGGACUCAUUUUCCUUAAGGCUUCCCCUGGUCCAUCUCUUUCUCUAUAGGCAUGCCUCAGCCGUAGUAUGCAUCCGAAUAAUUGUGUUUACAGGGAAAGAAUCUUAAGGUAUACGCAUACUCUUGAGGGUUCUCCGACGCAGGGAUGAACAACUUACUAGGGGUAGCUCUAAUUUUCUCUUCGGUUUCGUCCUUUUUAUAGCCACGACCACGAUUCAGACAGUGCGCGAAGAUGAAAUGAAAUACGGCAAGAACGUGAGCUUAGACAUGGCACGGAGUAAAAAUAGUGGAGGUACUACACAGCUCUUAAUACCGGACACUUCUUGGUGGAGUAACAUCAAGGGAAGAACAAGCGGAGGUACAACAACUUCUUUGCUACCCGGACAGGACACGACGUCGAUCUCGUGGACGACAUCCACGUCGUCAAUCGUGGGUGGAUCGAUCAGUACCACAUCUUCGCCAGUGUCUUCAGGAACUGGCGACAAACGAGACGCACAACCACAACAAACUCUACCAGAAGAAGAAGAAGAAGAGGACAUUAAUGAAGAGGACAUUAAUAUGCUGAAGAACUCGAUGAAGCACCAGGAUGAAAUUAUGGCUGCCGGAUAUACAUCUUCAGAAGCAUCUUGGCUCUUCUCACCCCUCUGCCCUCGAUCUUUCUUACUUACUCAAUCUCAACACCUACUUACUUAUACUUCCUUACUUAAAGGGAAAACGGGUCCAAGAUGACGCUCGUUCUCCAGAUGGAUUCCCGGAAGGUCUAACGAAAGCAGGACGCGGAUGAGAAAAUUUUUGGUUUCCACCACGUCCUCCGGAAGGUCUAACGAAAGCAGGACGCGGAAAUUCUUGGUUUCCAGCACGUCCUUAACAGGCGAAACCUUCUACACAAAAACGAUAGCAGUAAACCCAACGACAGGGAAAGAGUAUCUUCAUCCGGACGGCGCGAAAUGCUUAUGCAAAUAAUUGCUUCUCUGAUCUUGAAAAUGCAGUUGAAUUUUACAAUAACUUAAACUCGUACUUCUAAGCUCACAGGAGUUCCGUUCACAUAAACGCCUACAACCUUCGGAAUACACUUCCACCAUGAUAUCGUCUAUAUUUCUGUUUGUACCAGGUAUCCCUAUCUUCAUGAACCUUUUUUUUCUCCUUUCUUCAUACGGAACCUUCGUCCAGAAAGAGACCGUCUCAAUGCGCGAAAAGGUUCUCCGAUACGCCGAUCUGAAGUCGGUUUUUGAGUCGACCGGUAAGAAGCCACCACUGCCCGAAGCAGAAAAAGACGACGACUGGGCAAAAGUGCACUGUACUUGAACAGUUUAGUUGAUGUUGGGAUCGGGUGGCCGUCUCCGUCUUCGUGUUCAAUAUUCAUCUACAUUCUUCAAUACAUAGCUUUUGAGUAGAAUUUUUCAUCAGCAACGAACACCCCGAAAUCCUGAGGUCACUCUUUUUUUUCUGUUGACAACUUGGACACAAGAAUACACAACGAAAAUUGUGUGCCGAACCAUUUUGCUUAUAAGAAUAUCGUUCUAGUUUUUCCCAUGGCGAUUUUUUGGUAGAUUUGUUCCUUUUUGGAAGUUCUGAAUGAGUCGUCGUGAUGUAGUCCACACUAAAAGAGCAAGAGAUACAACUACAGCUACACGCACUACAACAUGAGGAGCACAUAUUAAUGAUAAUAUGACGAGAACGGAUAGGUGUUGAAUCUGGAUGAGGAUCAUCAUCACAUCAAGAAACAGCACGAAAGGCUUGGCGGUGAUAUUUUUGCACGGGAUUUUCGAUAUAUAUUGAGAGAGCAGC